CUCGAUAUAUAAGGAGGACCUGAACUUUGAGCUGGAGCUGUGUCUGAAGGUCUUGACUCGCAGGAUGAACAUCCUCCGAACUCUGUUUCUCUUGGCCGCCAGCCUCUCUUUGGCCCCGUCUACCAACGGCAAGUCGCUCUACCAGUUCAGGAACCAUAUCCUGUGCUUGAUGCCCAACAGUUGGCCGAUUAGGGACUACGCUGACUACGGCUGCUACUGUGGAAAGGGCGGCUCUGGCACGCCUGUGGACGAGCUGGACAGGUGCUGCGAGGUGCACGACAACUGUUACUGUGACGCCAUCGAGCACCCCGCAUGCUGGUCCAUCUUCCACAGCCCUUACAUUAAGUUAUACUCCUAUAACUGUGCCAAAGAAAGCAAGAUUAUCACCUGUGGCAACAACAACAACGCAUGUGAGAUGAUUAUCUGCGAGUGUGACAGGAAGGCCGCCGAGUGUUUCGCCAGAUCGCCUUAUAUCGACGCGCACUGGAACUGGCCCCAAGACAGAUGUUAGAAGAAGACCUCUGUAGUUAAUCCAACACAGGAUCAACUCCCACAAACGACACACCCAUCACUGAGCUAUCAGGAGCGGCAGCAGCUUGUUUCGUCCGCUCAUUGAAAUACUCACACUGACUUUCAAGGUCAUGGUUUUUUUUUCUGCUUCUUUCUCUGCACUGCAUCUCUAUUGUUAGCUGUGGAUCUGUAUCCUGACCAGAAACACCAGUAGAUCUGCAUCUCUCAUUAACUGAUGCUCGGUCGUUCACUGGUAUAAUCCUAACUCAAGUUUCCAAUAGAGGGCGCUCCCAUCUAGCUCUUUCUUCCCUUGCUUGCAGAAAGUAGUUUACAGACUGUAGACUUUUACAUUGGCAAUUUAUCAAAUGAUACAAAUGCUUGCAGUACUCAAUAAAGAAGACAAAAAAUAAACCAUA